UAUGUUUACAUUACAUAACCUUUAGUAUAAAUUGUUAAAGAAAGUUGACAAAAUGGAAGACUCCAUUUCUAUAAAGAAAGACGAAACGAACAGAAGAAGAUGCAAAGUUCACAUAAAUCGGAGUCAUAUACCGUUGAAGCUUAUUUAUCUUUUCUUUAUGGCAGGUGAAUCUUGCGCAUUGCUCUACCGAUCAGUAUAUAUGAAGCACUUAGGAAUGUCGACGAAACAGACAGGAAUAAUAUGGACACUGGAACGCAUUGUUUCGAUCCUUUUACCACCUUUGCUCGGGGCCUUAACAGACAAAACCAGACGCCCAAAGCUUGUUCUUAUUGUACUACUACUGGGUGGAGGCGGAACGUUGUUCUCGAUGUACUUCGUUCCACAAGAGGAUUUAAUUGUUAGUGGAUGGAACGUGUCAUUAUCUCAAGAAGAAAUCUACGGUGGAAAUGAAUCUUUCUGCUGGAAAAUAUCAUGUAGAUCGUCAGACGAGGAAGACGUCUGCAUUUUAAAGGAUCCCAGAACUAAUGAAUUCCACUGUCAAACCGACCCAGUUGAUAUCGGAUCCUUAUCAUGCACAGCCAUAACUCCAUCAAAUACAUCCAUGUUUUAUUCUCCCUCUCUCUAACAAACUGCAGAUCCCAUACUAUUUAUACAAUUCCCGUUAGCAAAGUUGGUGCUGUCGUUCUCAAUUCCUCGGACAAUAUGUAAACAUUAAUUUUCCCGAAGUUGACGUUACAGAAUCGUUUUCCAAUUGUUAAACUAGAAACCCCGAUAACAAAUUUCACGUCUCCUUACAUUACUUCUGACUUCUCAACAAACUGAUAAACUGUACACUGACUUACUCAGUCCGGCUGUUGUUUACGGCACUGUCGAGCCGAGACUGUUGUGCGUGGACUAUGACGUCACAAUCAGCCAACUUCAAACAGCAGACGACAUGUAACGAAAUUGUUCUCAGCGAUGUCGAUGAAUAUGGUGUCACCUUUUGGCUUCUCAUUACACUCGUUUUUGUAUCUUCUUUCGCAAGUAUUGGAAGUUAUCCAGUUAUGAAUCCAGUGUACUAGGAGCUCUGGGGCCUGGACAACGACAUCGAUUUGGCCAACAACGCUUAUGGCUUCAAUUGGGUUCGGCUCAGCGGCUCUAAUCGUUGGUUACCUCAAAGAUCUCAAGAUGAAAUUGGAAUUGCUGGAAGCUCGAACCGACCGUUUUUGUCAAUGUUUGCUGGUGUUUUAAUUUGUUGGGGAUGUGCUGCCAUCGUUGCAGCAAAACUGCCAAUUAAGAUGGCAAAGAAAAAAUCCAAAGUUCGAUUGAAAGAUAUCAAGGAGGUCAUCAAACGAGGAAAAGCAAUCGCCUUUUUCAGCUUAAUUUUGUUCUAUGGUGCCAACAUGGCGGCGCAAGAAGUGUAUUUAUUUUGGCUAGCUGAAGUUAAACUCAACGCCCCGAGUUCUAUAUUAGGUGCUUCAACAUUUAUCGGUGCGCUGCUUGAUAUUCCAUUCUGCUUGGCGGCUGGUUCUCUAAUCAAGAGGUUUGGUCAUGCUCCGUUGAUAUGCUUUGGAAAUAUAGUCCUGUCACUCCGGAUGAUCUUCUGCGGUAUAGUAACCGAGCCAUGGCAGCUGAUUUUGGUAGAAUCGUCUCGUUGUAUUACCUGGGGACUGACGUGGGUUGUAAUCUGUUCCUACACGGCUAAAAUAUCUCCGCGUGGACUAGAAGUUUCAACGAUGGGCAUCACCCAGGCUAUGCUAUGGGGAGUUGGUUAUAGUGCUGGUGCUCUACUAGGCGGAGUUUUAUUUCAAGUCAUUGGAGGAGAUAAAUUGUUUAUAUUAUUUGGCACAAUGAGCAUGUGUGCUUCUGUAUUGUUUGGAAUUUUCUCAUUCUUCACACGUAACAAAGGAAAUAGUGAUGUCACAGAUAUAGAAGAUAAAAGUUUGAACGAAGAAAAAGAAUCGUUGGAGUUUGAAGAGGCGAACGAUGAUAAUACACUUGCAUGAAUGUAGCUUUAAAGAUGAUCGUUAACUUAUAUACCUAUGUAUUUGGGGGAAACUAUGUAUCCAUCCUCUUCUCAACACAAGUGGUCGGCAAACCUUAUGUACUACUGGGCCGAAUUAUCACAUUUCCAGUAGCGUACGAGCCACGAUAACUGCUGCCUAUAAGCAAUCGCUACAUUAAGCUCCAGAUUAUGACGCACCUGCGACUUCUUUUUCUGUGUUAAUUACAACUAACGGAAGAUACCUUUGGCUAAUUACUACAAAACAAAGCCGAACAACAGCCAUUGUUACGACAUAUAUCCGUGCGUAGAUAAUAAUAAUAUGCAUCAAAAGAUAAGUCGCUCGAGGUCCACAAAAUUUUGUAUGCGAGCCGCAUCUGGCCCGCGGCAGUUUGCCGACCCCUGGUCCGCACCAUGAUUGGAACGUGCGGAACACCUUGGCCCGGACCGUACUGGCGAAACCCUGGGCCUGAAGGGUGACACGGAUUUCAUGGUUAGAAACCACUGUUGUGCACGUUAUUCCGUUUUUCUUGAUAAUAAUCUUUUACUGGCUGAUUAAAUGCUAUGAAGGCAAAUCUACUAAUUAUUACUGUGCGUGUGAUCAUUGUGAACUCAUUUUCACGUUAUAAUGAAUUUUCUAUUUAUUAUUGACCUACCUAUAAUGAAUAUCAAUAAAUUACUUAAACGUGAACGGUGCCUGUUCUGUAUUUAUGAUUCCAGUGCAUAAGUGGUGUGUCACGACUAAUAUUGAGCGUUUUCGAAUAUUCUGAUAAUUUCAGAAUCAAAUCGAAUUUCGAAUACUUGGAAAGUAUGUAAUUGUAUGUGAUUUUUUACUGUAAUGUGUUCCCCAUACACAUAAAUUAUACUGAAAACACGUAAUUUAUU